GUUCACUGCGUUUGGCUUCUUUUGGCUUGUUAACUGCUACCACAGAUCAUCAAGGGUUCAUGUGGCUCGGACUAUAUAAGGAAUUAACUUCCUCUUGAAUUUCCAUCAGCUAGCACAAGCGUAGAACUUGAUCUCUUUUGAAGCAAAAACUAAGUUCAACUUCAUUUCUUCUCCCUCUAAAUCGUCAAACAUGAUGAGUUCCAAGAAACUCACCAAGAUUGCUGCGAAAUGGAAGAAGAUCUUCAGUGAGCUCUUGAAAAGGUCUGAAGAGCAAUUUGGCUUUCCAGCAGAUGGGCUUAUCACAUUGCCUUGUGAGUCACAAGUGAUGGAGUACAUAAUCUUGUUGAUAGCAUGUGGUGUGUCUAAAGAUCUAGAGAAGACUUUGCUUGCCUCAGUUGCUUCUAGCAACUGCUCCAUAUCGUCUCUUGCCCAUCAAGAAUGGAAGACACAACAAUUGCUUGUUUGCACUUGUUAAAUGAAUCAUACAGUAAAUGAUGAACAAAUUUUCUGCAUUGUAACACUUUCAACAUUAAAUUAUCUUGUCAAUUUAUCAAAUACACAGAGAAACUUAAAUGGGCGACUUAGCUUGCUGUCUAUAAAUUUCAUUUUGACUG